AUGGCCAGCUUUCAGGAGGCCGAUGUGGAUGAAUGUGUGGAAGGGACUGACCAUUGCCACAUUGACGCCAUCUGCCAGAACACGCCACGGUCAUACAAGUGCAUCUGCAAGUCCGGCUACACGGGGGACGGCAAACACUGCAAAGACGUGGACGAAUGUGAACGGGAGGACAAUGCUGGCUGUGUUCACGACUGUGUUAACAUCCCUGGUAAUUACCGGUGCACCUGCUAUGAUGGGUUCCGCCUGGCACAUGAUGGACACAACUGUCUGGAUGUGGACGAGUGUGCUGAAGGCAACGGUGGCUGUCAACAGAGCUGUGUUAAUAUGAUGGGCAGCUAUGAAUGCCACUGCCGAGAAGGCUUCUUCCUCAGCGACAACCAGCAUACCUGUAUCCAGCGGCCAGAAGAAGGGACGAACUGCAUGAACAAGAACCAUGGCUGUGCCCACAUUUGCCGGGAGACUCCCAAGGGGGGCACCGCCUGGCUAAUUCGUCUGCUUGAGACCUGUGCCGUCAACAAUGGAGGCUGUGACAGUAAGUGCCACGAUGCGGCAACCGGUGUCCACUGCAGCUGCCCUGUGGGUUUCAUGCUACAGCCAGACAGAAAGACCUGCAAAGACAUAGAUGAGUGUCGCUUGAACAAUGGGGGCUGUGACCACAUGUGCCGUAACACCGUGGGCAGCUUUGAAUGCAGCUGCAAGAAGGGCUACAAGCUUCUCAUCAAUGAAAGGAGCUGUCAGGACAUAGACGAGUGCUCUUUUGACCGAACCUGUGACCACAUGUGUGUCAACACGCCAGGAAGCUUCCAGUGUCUCUGUCAUCGUGGCUACCUGCUGUAUGGUGUCACUCACUGUGGGGAUGUGGACGAAUGCAGCAGCAAUAAGGGGGGCUGCCGCUUUGGCUGCAUCAACACCCCUGGAAGCUAUCAGUGUACCUGCCCAGCAGGCCAGGGCCGCCUUCACUGGAACGGAAAGGAUUGCACAGAGCCAGUGAAAUGUCAGAGCAAUCCUGGGGCCUCCAAAGCCAUGCUUAGCUGCAACCGGUCGGGCAAGAAGGACACUUGUGCCCUGACCUGCCCCUCCCGGGCCCGGUUUUUGCCAGAGUCUGAGAACGGCUUCACGGUGAGCUGUGGUACCCCUAGCCCUAAAGCUGCUGCAGCCCGAGGCAUCCACCCUGGAAACGGCACUACCUCUAACCAAUGCCAUGAGGCUGCAGUGUUAUCAGUUAAGCAGCGGGCCUCCUUCAAGAUCAAGGACGCCAAAUGUCGUUUGCAUCUGCGAAACAAAGGCAAAGUGGAAGAAGCCAGCAGGAUGGCGGGGCCAGGUGGUGCCUCUUGCUCUGACUGCCAAGUCACCUUCAUCCACCUGAAGUGUGACUCUUCUCGGAAGGGCAAGGGCCGACGGGCCCGGACCCCUGGCAAGGAAGUUACCCGGCUCACCCUGGAAUUAGAGGCCGAGGUCCGAGCAGAAGAAACGACAGCUGGCUGCGGGCUGCCCUGCCUCCGGCAGAGGAUGGAGCGGAGACUGAAAGGGUCACUGAAGAUGCUCAGGAAGUCCAUCAACCAGGACCGCUUCCUGCUGCGUCUGGCCGGCCUUGACUAUGAGCUGGCCCACAAGCCAGGCCAGGUAGCUGGGGACCGAGCAGAGCUGACGGAGGUCUGCAGGCCGGGGCAGCACCGGGCAGGCACCAAGUGUGUCAGCUGCCCGCAGGGAACGUAUUACCACGGCCAGACGGAGCAGUGUGUACCAUGCCCAGCGGGCACCUUCCAGGAGAGGGAAGGGCAGCUCUCCUGCGACCUCUGCCCUGGGAGUGAUGCCCAUGGGCCUCUUGGAGCCACCAACGUCACCACGUGUGCAGGUCAGUGUCCACCUGGCCAACAUUCAGUAGACGGGUUCAAGCCCUGCCAGCCAUGCCCCCGGGGCACCUACCAGCCUGAAGCAGGACGAACCCUGUGCUUCCCCUGUGGUGGAGGGCUCACCACCAAGCAUGAGGGGGCAGUCUCCUUCCAGGACUGUGACACCAAAGUCCAGUGUUCCCCAGGCCACUACUACAACACCAGCACCCAUCGCUGCAUCCGCUGUCCCAUGGGCUCCUACCAGCCACACUUCCGUCAGAACUUCUGCACCCGCUGCCCUGGAAAUACAAGCACCGACUUUGACGGCUCUACCAGUGUGGCUCAGUGCAAGAAUCGGCAGUGUGGUGGGGAGCUGGGUGAGUUCACUGGCUAUAUCGAGUCUCCCAACUACCCGGGCAACUACCCAGCGGGCGUGGAGUGCGUCUGGAACAUCAACCCCCCACCCAAGCGCAAGAUCCUUAUCGUGGUCCCCGAGAUCUUCCUGCCAUCUGAGGACGAGUGUGGGGAUGUUCUCGUCAUGAGAAAGAACUCCUCCCCGUCCUCCAUCACCACGUAUGAGACCUGCCAGACCUAUGAGCGUCCCAUUGCCUUCACCGCCCGUUCCAGAAAACUCUGGAUCAACUUCAAGACGAGUGAGGCCAACAGCGCUCGUGGCUUCCAGAUUCCUUACGUGACCUAUGAUGAGGACUACGAGCAGCUGGUGGAAGACAUAGUGCGGGACGGCCGGCUCUACGCCUCUGAGAACCACCAGGAGAUCCUAAAGGACAAGAAGCUUAUCAAGGCCUUCUUUGAGGUCCUGGCCCACCCCCAAAACUACUUCAAGUACACAGAGAAACACAAGGAGAUGCUGCCCAAAUCCUUCAUCAAGCUGCUCCGCUCCAAAGUCUCCAGCUUCUUGAGGCCUUACAAAUAG